GUCGCUGAGCAGCAUCUCCACCCCUUUGCAAAAGCAAAGCGGCAGGGACACGUUCAUUCAAGCAUCUAGUCGGAAACCCAAGAGGUUGGCAACUGCCUCUGCAACGCUUGAUAAGAAUCGAGAAGAAAUGACAUGAUUGCGCCCUGUCGUCUUCUCAUACCGUCACACCCUCCUCCAUGCGACCGUCUCUCGACCAGGCGCAGCAUGUCUUCGAGAGAAUCAAGCCUGCGCUGCUUCCUACCCUCUCGCUCGUCGCUUGCACAGUCCAAAACCUCAAGACUCCAGUCAGACACUCGCUGUUCGUCAAUGCGAUCGCGUGGGUUCUGGUCAGCGUAGUUUGCGCCCAGCGCGUCGGGCUUAGAGAUGGAGUACGCGACUCGCAGAAGACGAAGACAUGCCUGCUGUCAGGAGUCCUGUACGCACUGGCACUGGGCUGCGAAAGGGCAGCCGUGGACAAAGAGGGCUUGCUUGCACCGCAGGCACUGCUUCCUCUCGUCGUGUACGUUAUCCUCCGAGUCCUUCUCGACCACGCAACGUCCUCCCGUAUCCACGAGACACUUGAGAAGGUCAAGAUAUCAGGGUUUAGACGAUUGCUCCUCAUCACAACAGGCACUGGCAUCGUCGCACUGAGCUGCUCGUUCGUGCGCCUUCCCGUCACCGCAUUAGGGGUGAGCAGCACGAUCUUCAAGGCCUGCGCGCUGCUGCUGCUGGAGACCUCCUUGAGCUCCGCGCAGAGCGAGAGGCAGCAUGCGGCGAACUCUCCCAAUGGCCUGCUCCAGAAACGUGCGCCCAUUGACAAUGGCGACGUCGAGAUCGACGUGCGCCAUGCACGCGACUUUGCUGGCGUUGUCGCUCUUAUCAGCUUUAUACUCUGUGUUUCUUUUGAGACCUUGCGUAGCUACGACAUGGUCUAUAGGCCACAGCAAGGGCCCGUUGAUAGCAAGGCGCAACGCCUUCCCCCAGUGAAGACGAUAUACUACAAUUGGGAUGUUGGCGCCGAUCUUGUCGGCGUGAUAUUCGAGACUGCAAAGGCGUUCUCCAUGCUGCUAAUCAUCCGACAGCAGGGCACUUUUGACUUCAGUUUAGUCUUAGUCGGUGGAGCCUUGGCAGCACGGAUGAUCAGCCGCUUCACAGCGUGGGAACUCUGGCUUACCAUCAUCUACGCGGCAGCCGCGCUCCUAAUAGUCGAUGAAGCGCAGCCGGUCUCCAUCUUUUCAUCCGCGCGCAGGAGAAUGCGAGCGCGACAGGUGACAUCGCUUCUCGCUGGUUUGUCACUCGUUGGCUUCUUCUAUGCGUACUUAGCGCGUCGACCACAUGGAUACUUUCAUCGAGUUCCGUUAUUCGAACCGUUCCCCGUGGAACCGCCAAUUGAACUCCUGGGCCCUUUGAUGUCGGCUGAUCACCGCUCACAUCCAAUUGAUCAACUGGUGAGGUCAGCAGAGACACAAUUCAAUGAACUCAAAAAUGCGCAAUCCCAGUCUCUCGCAGAAGCUGUCGCCGAGUAUCGUCGAAGAUACGGCAUACACCCUCCUCCAAAGUUCGACAUGUGGUAUGAGUUUGCUAAGCGAAGAAAUGUUCAACUGAUAGAUGAGUACGAUACGAUUUUUGAGCAGCUGCAGCCGUUCUGGGGUCUGACGCCCCAAGUCAUUCGAUCUCGCGUCGCCGAAGCUAUUGGCUAUGAGAACGUUCUUCUAACAGUCAUGAUUCGUAACGGCGAAACCGUCAAGGUUUCUGGCGGUGCUGAAUGGCAGCAAGAUGCGACUGUUGGAAUGAUGAAGGAGUUUGUACAUCACCUACCAGACAUGGACCUAGCCUUCAACAUCCAUGACGAGCCUCGAGUCAUUGUGCCGGCAGACCAUCUAGCUCGCUUGAUAAACACCGCGCGCACAAAAAACAUGCCCGCAGCCUUCGCAACCAAAAACCCAGAGAACCAGUUCUCCGCGCGACCGAAGGACCUAGGAGACGGCAAGCAUAUCCCCGAGUUUCGCUCCACGCGGUUUAAUAAGUUUGCGCAUCAGCACACGUGGACACAUUCACGCGCGUCCUGCCCGGCAGACUCACCCGCCCGCGACUACGAAGAGGUGUCCAAAGAUAACAUCACGUCGUACGCUUUCAGUGAUGUCGGCUUCGUUUACAACCAAUCCGCAUUCCAAGACAUCUGCAUGUCCCCGUCAUUCCGCGAGACAUAUGGAUUCUUUGACCGCCCAAAUGCCUUCAACAUCGUACAAGACCUCUUUCCAAUAUUCUCUCAAAGCAAAAUCAGCAGCUUUCAGGACAUCCUUUACCCUAGCCCGUGGUAUUGGGCAACAAGAGUAGGCUACAUAGAAGAAAGGGACAUGGACUGGGACAAAAAGGAAGACCAGCUGUAUUGGCGUGGUUCUACUACCGGAGGCUUCAGUAGGAAUGGCGGUUGGCGAAGGCAGCAUCGGCAGCGUGUAGUACGGAAAAUCAAUGCCCCAGACCGAGCAAAAAUUUUUGUGAAUCGCGGCGCGGAAAAUGAACCAAACUGGGUAUCAGAAGAAGUGAACAGGAAGGACUUCUCUUCUCUCAUCAACGUCAUGUUCUCUCACGUCGGCCAGUGUGAUCCGGGUGAUUGUGAGGCACAGCGAGAAUACUUCACGAUCGCCGAAAAGGCCGACCAGCAGGAUGCAUGGAAGUACAAAUUCCUUCUCGACAUGGACGGCAAUGCCUUCAGCGGUCGCUUCUACGCUUUUUUGAAGAGCAAGAGCCUUGUGUUCAAGAUGGCCGUCUUCCAAGAGUGGCACAAGGAUUGGCUGAAGCCUUGGGUACACUACAUCCCUAUUUCUCUGAAGGGCGAGGACUGGCUAGAAGCGGUACGAUACUUUGCUUCAGAGCCUGAAGGCAAAGUGCAGGCACCGAGGCUGGCCUGGCAAGGACGAGAGUGGGCAAAGAAGGCGCUUCGCAACGAUGAUUUUGAAGUCUGGUUCUUCCGGCUUCUUCUUGAGUAUGGGAGACUCAUUGAUGACAACAGGGAAAUCAUAGGAUACCCAGGACCAUGAAGUAACUAAAGAGAAGCAAGGGCGCUCCGCGAGUCGAGCAGCGCUGUCAUGCAACGAACAUACGAUUGGGAAACGGUGGCGUGCUCAUGUUCAAUGAAUUCGGCUUUUACUGUACGUAGUCCAUGAGUCUUUUGUACAAUACUUUGAAGAUAGCAUAUCAUUUUCUGGCUGCAUUUGCGUUACCAGCAUCCGCAAAGUCACAGUAAUAGUAAAGUUCUUGGUGGCACAUCAAUCUGCGGGCGGCUUUCCUGGCGCUGAACUGUAGUGAAAUCUCUCCGCGAACGCUCCUCACAAAUACCGACGUUUCAGGCAUCCGAAUUUGCUCCACUCUACGCUUAUGCCGAUGGCCCAAUUCGCUCCCACGAGGAAAAGGAUCCCCGCAUCUCCAAGAUUUAGUCCCCACAUUAUUCUCCAUUCGUCCUUUGGCGGUUCUAGACGACACCUGCAUCGG